CACCCGCAAAAAUGUCUCCCGGAAAGGUCUCGAGUCUUGAUUUCGGAAAGUUCUACAACAUCAUCGACGGCAAGCAGCGCGGCUCCGACCAGAUCCACCGCGGUAUCAACCCUUCAACAGGCCAGGAGCUAUGGGAGGUGCCUAUUGCCAGUGAGAAGGACCUAGACGAUGCUGUUGCGGCGGCGAAGAAGGCAUUCCCUGCAUGGAGGGACACACCUUUUGAGCAGCGAAAGGAGUUACUCGGUAAGCUUACGGAGCUGUACCAACAACACAUCGACGAAUUCACCAGUCUGCUGUGCCAGGAGUCUGGAAAGCCGAAACAAUGGGCUGCCUUCGAGGUCAACGGCGUGAGUGGCUUUAUUGGCUACCACCAGACACUCGACAUGCCGACAGACAAGGUCGAAGACGAUGAGAAGACUCUGUACACCGAGUACUCACCUCUUGGUGUCUGCGCUGCCAUUUGUCCCUGGAACUUUCCCAUGCUCUUGAGCGUCGGAAAAAUCGCGCCAGGACUCAUGACUGGAAACUGCAUCAUUGUCAAGCCAUCGCCCUUCACACCCUACACAGCUCUCAAGUUUGUUGAGCUCGCCCAAGAAAUUCUCCCGCCAGGAGUCCUUCAAGCGGUUGGCGGCAACAAUGAGUUGGGUGCGCAGAUGUGCGUCCACCCAGACAUUGCCAAGAUCAGCUUCACUGGAUCGAUUGCCACUGGAAAGAAGGUCAUGGAGACGGCGUCAAAGACACUCAAGCGCGUCACUCUGGAGCUGGGCGGAAAUGAUGCGUCGAUUAUCCUGCCCGAUGUUGACAUCAAGAAGGUGGCGCCACAGGUGGCCAUGGGCGCUUUCCAGAACUCUGGCCAGGUCUGCGUUGCGACCAAGCGUAUCUACAUUCACGAGUCAAUCUACAAGGAGUUCCUAGAAGAAAUGGUCAACUUUACCAAGACCAUCAAGGUCGGAAACCCAGACGACGGUGACAACUUCCUGGGUCCCGUCCAGAACCAAAUGCAGUACGAGCGAGUAAAGGAAUUCUUCGAGGACAGCAAGGCCAAGGGCUACAAGUUUGCGGUUGGUGAGCCCGAUGUUGCGCCUAGCAAGGGCUACUUCAUCAAGCCCACUAUCAUUGACAACCCACCCAACGACUCCCGCAUCAUCCAAGAAGAGCCUUUCGGUCCUAUCGUACCCACUCAGCCGUGGUCAGACCUCGAGGAGGUUAUUGCGCGCGCGAACAACACGAAUACCGGUCUGGGUGCAUGUGUUUGGGGUGCGGACGUGGAGAAGGCCUGCAAGAUUGCACGACGGUUGGAAGCUGGCUCAGUCUUUGUCAACUCGUUCGAGAAGCCCACACCCCAGGCCCCCUUUGGUGGCCACAAGGAGUCUGGCAUUGGUGCUGAAUGGGGCAAGACUGGGCUUCUUGCGUACUGCAACGCGCACGUUAUCCAUGUUUACAAGUCGUGA